ACGAAAUAUUUAUUGGGCUAGUAGUAUAGAUAUAGAUUUGCAACUUCCAACUCGAGGAGUCGUCGUCUUGUGUCGGGCAAAACAUAAAACCAAAAGUAGAUGUGUGUACUUAAUUCCCAUCUUCCAAGAGGCGCACGUCCCUAUUAGUACUUGAUGUGUUGUGCUCUACCUUAACUUGGUCGAACUCUUGAAUUACCUGUUCAAAAUUUCAACAAAAUGAUGAGGAAUCGGUUAUGUGAAGUUUGGAUCGCUGUUACAAUAUUGAUGUUUGGAUUGAGGAUGGAAGGUGCAUCUGGGAUUAGAUUUGUAAUUGAAAAAGAAGAAUGUUUUUCUCAUAAGGUUGAAAUGGGGGAAACAGUUCAUUAUUCAUUUGUUGUUAUCAAGUCUGAAGGCGCUUGGCAUUACAGUGAAGAGGGUGUUGAUCUAGUGGUGAAGGGGCCUUCGGGAGAGCAGAUUCAUGAUCUCCGUGACAAAAUAAGCGAGAAGUCCGAGUUUACAUCUCAUCAUGAAGGAGUUUAUCGUUUCUGUUUCACUAACAAGUCUCCAUAUCAUGAAACCAUUGACUUUGAUCUACACGCUGCUCAUUUUGUAUACCAUGAUGAGCAUGCACAAGAUGAGCAUUUCAAGCCUUUGUUUGAGCAUAUUGGAAAGCUAGAGGAAGCUUUGUACAACAUUCAGUUUGAACAGCACUGGCUAGAGGCCCAGACAGACCGUCAAGCAAUAGUGAAUGAAGGAAUGAGCAAGAGAGCACUCUACAAAGCUCUGUUCGAGUCUUCAGCUCUUAUUUGUGUUAGUUUUCUGCAAGUAUUCCUCCUCAAGCAUUUGUUUGAACGAAAGCUGGGGCAGUCCAGAGUUUAGUUUUUGGGACAGGGAGGAUAACAUUCUUCUGCCAAACCCGGAAAACUCAGAUGUAUUCACUUUUUGUGCCUUUUUUCUUUAAGGCAGGUGCCAUAGAAACUAGUGACUGAUGUCUUUCUCAGUGAUGAAGUUUUUAUUUCGAUACAUUCUUUUAGGAAUUACUGAAUAGUGAGAUUGUCUUAAUCUAUGUUUUAAGACUAUCUGCUUGCAUUUCUUUAAAUGUCUGUCGUACAAUCCAUUGUUGAAUUUUGAUACCUCAAGUUGUGUAGUCAAGUAAAUCGUAUAUUUGACGCUAACAAUUUCACCUUGUAACCUUCAUUUUAGUGUUCUCUGAAUGGUAUGUCUUGACUCUUGUUCA